GUUGGAGGGGGGGUAUGAAGCAUGCUGUACAUCUCCCCACCCCUAUCCUUCACUCCUCCUUCCAGAAUAUGAUCUCUGAAGGAGCUGAGCAGCUGCUUACAAAUUGCUAAACCCUCUUCCCCCCUGGGCUGUGUAAGCAUUUUCUAUGUAGACUGGAGAGGAGGACCUGCCCCCUGACUGCACAUCCAUAGCCAGUGCCCACAGCUGGAUUCUGGUGCCAGGGCUGUGCACACACUAAUGGCUGAGCUGUAAGACAGUAUACACAGUAUAUAUACCCUGCAGGAGCCAUCUGAUCAGCACCCCAGCCAUGGUGUCAUGGAUCAUAUCAAGGCUUGUAGUGCUAAUAUUUGGCACUCUCUACCCCGCAUAUUACUCCUACAAAGCUGUGAAAUCUAAGGACAUUAAGGAAUAUGUAAAAUGGAUGAUGUACUGGAUCAUAUUUGCACUUUUUAUGACAUUAGAAACAUUUACAGACCUAUUCCUUUGCUGGUUUCCAUUUUACUACGAGCUAAAAAUUGCUUUUGUGGCCUGGUUACUGUCUCCCUACACGAAAGGAUCAAGCCUUCUAUAUAGAAAAUUUGUGCACCCCACUCUAUCCUCAAAAGAAAAGGAAAUUGACGAGUGUCUUGUCCAAGCGAAAGAUCGCAGUUACGAUGCCCUGGUACAUUUUGGCAAGAGAGGUCUCAAUGUUGCGGCCACAGCUGCGGUCACAGCUGCUGCUAAGGGACAAGGAGCUCUGUCAGAAAGACUAAGGAGUUUCAGCAUGCAGGACCUUUCCACUAUUCGUGGUGAUAGCCCCUCCGCCUCUCCAGUCACAGCAAGGACAACAAGCAAAUCAUCCAAGGCCAAGUUAUCCCGAAGCGCAACGCAGGGCAGUGAACCCUCAGUUUGUGCCUGUUGUUCUACUGGAAAAAUCCUACGAGUUGUUGAGGUGGAGCAGUGUGAGACGACCAGUAACACAUCCUAUGAGAUACAGGAAAUUAUUUCAGAUGAAGAAGAUGAUGGUGGAAUAGUUAUACUGGAGCAAGCCCCUAUACACAAACCACCACGGAAGAAGAACCGACCUGUUGAGCCUCCGCCCAGAGUCCAUAAGCCUCGAUUCAGGAAGAAAAGUACUUCUGCCUCUAACACGGAAACUGCAUGAAUGCAGCCAACAUCAAGAACCACAGAAUGUCUCUUUACUGCCUUAAAAGAGCAAUUCAUACCACGUGACAAGGUGGCACUAAAGUCCCGAAAACAAAUAAAAACAAAAUAAAAUAAAAUCAGCUGUGACUUUUCCCAGAAUUCUUCACUUCCCUCAUUAUAUAUCUGUCAGUGUUCAGCUUUCAGUACGCAGCUGCCUUGAAUCUGCUCCAAGAACACAUAAAGACAUUACGAUUGACUGCGAGUCCUGCUUGCAGUCCCCUAAGCCUGUGGAAGCCGCCAUAGUCCUGAGUAGUAACAGUGACCAUCCACUUCCAUAUCCUCACCUGACGACCAUCUUAAGUAUUGGUUCACGAAUGACAUUGAAUAGCCAUGUGUGUUGGAAAUUUAAUUUCUCUCUGUACCUGCUACAUGUUUUUCUUUUCUGUUUGUAUAAAUUAUGAUUGUCUUUCUAUGUUUCUGCUUCAACUGUGAUCUUUAGGCAAUACCGGCUAUAUUUACCCUACUGGACUAGCCAAAACGAAUACACAUAUGGGAUGAACAGCUGUCAACGCAUUCCUUAUAGUAGUAAGUUAUCCUACUGUGUAAGUAUGGAAAAGGAGAUCUGCUUUUAGUUCCCAGAAACAUCUCCACUCUUGUUCACUGGCGGUGACUAGUAUUGCAGCUCUUCCACAUUAAAGGGAUUAUCCAAGAAUAAAUAAAAAAAACAGAGGUAAUUUCUUUCCAAAACAGCAUCACACCUGUCCUCAAGUUGCGUGUGGUAUUACAACUUGGCUCUAUUUACUUUAAUGGAACAGAGAUGCAAUACCACACACAACCUAGAGAAAAGUGUGGUGCUGCUUUUUGAAGAAAUAAGCUCUGUUUAUGAUAUUCCUGAAUAACUUCUUUUAAAGAAUUAGUAGCACUACCAGUCACAGCCCAAGAGUGGUGUGGUUUUUGUUUUUAGGAAAAGGGAUCAGUGAUCUGUCCACUUUUCUGAACCUUUUACCUAGGCCGGCGGUCGCACAAAAACAAUCGCUAAUCUCUGUGAUCGGCGCUCGUCUACAGAGCCUUUACAAGCAUUGAUCAAUUGUGCCGUCUAUUAAAUUCAUCACUCUUGGCAGCACAUUACCUGUUUACACCGGGUGAUGUGCGAACAAUAGCGAUAAUUAAUAUGGCCGCACAAAGAUUAUCUGAGUAUGUUAUUGGGAACGAGCGUUACUAGGGGUGCUCCUUUGCCCAAUAAUUGGCCCAUAUAAAAGGCCUAUAGAGUCAAGUGUUUAUCACAUAUAGCAUAUUAAACAUUCUGACCCAGUGAAGUUACUGGAUAGUUUGGAGGGACAAAUAGGGGCAGGGGUUGAGAAUAUAAAGUUAAUAUAAGUGGUCAUAUAAAAGUUAAUGAUUUGUAAAAUAUAUAACAUUUAAAAGAUGUCUUUCAAUUACACAGUGAUUUAGAAAUGGUGUUGAAGGAUCUCCCACGCAACAGACAAAGUGCUAACACAUCUAUUUGUUUUAAAGGAAUUUUCUUGGCAAAAUGCAUUGCUGUCCUAUCUUCUCGAUAGGUUGUCAAUUGCAGAUUGGUGAGGUGUCACCAUACACAGCGAAACAAACCAGGAAGCAAACAGCUCUGCACCUAGUGUAGUGGCCAAGCUGGGGUACUGCACCUUAGCUCCCAUUGAAGUGAAUGGGAGCAAAGUUGUAGUAACCCAGAACGGCCACUACACAAUGUUGGGAGCUGUAUUUUUCCUGCUGUGUUUUACCGUGUAUGGCGGUGCCGCAGCUCUGGCAAACAGUUGAUCGGCAGUAGUGUUGGCACCCCACCGAUCUGAUUUUGAUGACUUAUCCUGAGGAUAGUUCAUCAAUAAAUUCUGCCCUGAAAAAAACCCUUAGGUUAUUUACAUGUACAGUAUUCUGUGCAGAUUUGAUGCGCAGGAUUUGAAGCUGUGUCCAGUGAUUUAGUUUACAUUGAAAUCUGCAGCAGAAAAUCCUGCGCAUCAAAUCUGCGCAGAAUACUGUACGUGUGAACAGACCAUUAAGAAGUUAAGUUGGAGUGUCUGGGUAAUAAAUUCAUAUGUCCCAGUAACGUUUAGUGAUGGUUCUGAAAGUCCUAGGACCCAUGCACAUUUUGGAAAUUCCCAGCGGACUUCCACUUUGAAAUAUCAUUGCUGUCAAUGGGAUUCCGCUGCACAGUACACACUACGGAAUUUAAGUGGCAUUCUGCUGCUGAAAUUCAUCCACCAGAAGAAUGCACAUGUUCAUACUUUCAGCGGAAUACCGAGAAAAAUGCAUUGCUGGCUAUAGGAACCGGUAAUGUCUGCGCCAUCCUAGCGCCCACUGAUUCAGUCGGUGCCGGCCACCCUCGAAAUCUCAUAAAUUCCGUAGUGUUCAUUGGCAUAGGCUUUUGUCUAACAAGCCUUCCUUUUUAAGGGUAGGAUUACACGGGAGCGCAUCCGCAUCACACAGAGCAUAUCCGGAUCUCACAGAGCUAUGGCAGAACGAGCUCCCUGUUGGUGCCAUAGCUCUUUGAGUCAGCUGGUGACUGGCAGUGAGAAAUCUGCAAUCACGAGUAGACACAGAGAGCUACGGCAGCAUCAGGGAGCUCGCUCUGCCAUAGCACUGUGACUACCGGCAGCGCAUCCACAGCAUCAAAUAUGAUGCAGAUGCGCUCCCGUGUGACCCUACCCUUAGAAGAUUUUUCCUAGCAUGCACUGAGCCCAUGUGCCACCUGUGCGCCCUUAACUCAACCUGAUCACCUAUUACAUAUAGCAUUAAAGUCUAGAGGAGUCAUGGAGACAGCUGAGCCUUAGUCUCCAUUAGGCUUAAAGGGGUUGUGCAGUUUAGUAAACCCAUAGUAAAGAAAUACCUGAUUUUGAAAUUCAAGAUGGGGGGGGGGGGUGUCUCUCUUGAAGAUCUUAAUCGGGAAAAAGAGUAGUUACCAUCAGGACUUGUCCUGUCCUUACACAAACCUGCCGAUUACCGGUGAUCACUUGUGGACCCUGCAGGGAGAGACUUUAUGACCUGCGUAACGGGACCCUAAGUAGGGAUCAAAGGUACCGUCAGGGACCGACUAGGUGCCUAGGGUGAUGUAAACCCUGGAUAGAUGCUCGAUGUGCCCUCUCUAUAACGUAGUCCUAGGUCCUGAACUAUACUUAUUUAGACACACCCAAUUCACAUGAUGCCACACCCAUUACACAGAAGACCACACCCCCUUUCCUCACAAAGAUCAAGACUGUACUGAGUAUUCUAAUGGCCAUAAUAUCCCUUGUGACAGCAAUACAAUGGAUCUCUAAUUAGGCUGCACUCACACUACAUUUGCACCCUAUGGCUGCCGGGUCCGACUGGGAAUUUUCAAAACCGGGCGCCCCUGUAUCCCAGCCAGACCUGCACAGCUUCUCAUUCACUUUAAUGAGCCAGCUCGUGUCAGAUAGUGACUCCGGUCGGCUCAUCUUUGCCCCAUAUCUGGUUUUGUGACCGGACCUAAAACCGUAGUAUACCAUGAUUUUAGGUCCAGUAGAAAACCGGAUACGGGGCAAAAAUCUGACUCCGGUAGGCUCAUUCAAAUGAAUGAGAUGGGUGCCGGGUCCUGCUGGGAUACGGGAGCUCACGGUUUUCCCAUCUCCCAGCCAGAUCAAAACGUAGUGUGAAUGCCCCCUUACUAUGUGUAAAUACAUGUUGUAUAUAAUAUUUAUUUUAUUAUUAUUUAUGAAAAAAAAGACAAAAAGAAAAAAAUUCUUCAUUUUUCAAAAAUCUAAAAAAAAUUCUGAAGCCAUCUAUUCUUACUGUCACCAAAAAUAAAUAAAUCAGAAACUACCCAAAUCUGUCCAUUAAGGCGGAGGCACUAGAAAAGAGGUGUGCAGCCUCUUGUGGGAGUGCAAAACCCAAGCUAUGGUUGCCAGAGCAUGCUGGGGGUUGUAGUUUCUACUGAGGUGGGAAAUCAAAGACUGUUGUAUAUUAAACUGAUCUUAAAAUAUCUAAAAAUAAAUGGGGGACCCAUUUCACGACAAGGCUUGUUUACAGGUUAGCCAUAGCAAAUACAGUAGAGGAUGACCAUCUCGGCACCGCUUGCUAUGACCAUGUGUGUCUCAUAUAGAUCGGAGUGUGUUGGGGUCUCUGAGCCGGGAGGUGCUGCUGUUAGGACAGUAGAUAGUAAAACAAGCACACUCACCAGGCUUUUCCGAUAGACUUGUUUAUUCAGAAAACAGUAGAUUCAUUUCAGACUGUUCAGUACAGAGUUAACCUCUUGUGUUGUGCAGAGCAGAUUAGUAGGGACGGUCCACCUGGGCUAGCAAUAGCAACCGGUCAAAUUCUUGCCUCAAUUGUUUUCUCGGGGUACAGGGAGCUAUGAGAUAUAUUGUUUGCCGCCUCUACGUCAGUGGUCUCCAAACUGUGGCCCUCCAGGGGUUGCAAAACUACAAUUCCCAGCAUGCCCGGACAGUCGUUGGCCUUUUCUGUUCCAUUGCAUCUGUGCUUAUUUUCCAAAAAACUUGUCAUGGAAAAAAUUGCUGAAGUCCCAUUGACUAAUGACAGAUUCUGGAAGAAGAUUGAACAUGUUCAAUCUUCUGCUGGAACUCAAAUCUUCGUUGUAAAUUCCAUCGUGGAACUUGCACACAGCCAAGGAAAACUUAUUGUAGUCAAUGGGAGUGUGCUGCAAGACGGAAUCUGUGCAGAGUUCCUUGUGGACAUUCCUCUGGGAUUCAGCAUUAGGCCUUGUUUAGACGGCUGAAUUUCCGUGCGGAAUCAGUUGUUUUCAAUGGGAUUCUGUUGCAUUAUGCACGUGGUGGAAUUUCCACGGCGGAAACAACUGCUGCGGAAAUUUGGAUUCCAGCAUCCACAAAAAGAAUUAACAUGUCAAAAUUUACGCCGUGUGAACAUAGCCUUAGAAAUCAGUAGUGAGAACCAGGCCUGAGCGGCUCAUAGCAGCUGAUUUAGUCACCACUGCCUUCAUUUUUAUUAGCCUUGUGGUUAUAUGAGAACUGCAAUCUGAUUGAAAUAGGGGUCUACUGUGCCUCACUGUCUUAUUGUCAUAAUACAAAAAUAUAAUCAUAUAGAAAAUGCAUACAUAAUCUCAGUGUUUGACAUGAGGCAACUGGCUUGAAAAAACAAAAACAAUGGGGUCCUCCAUCAGAAUUUUGUUUAAAAAAAAAUCCAAUUACUGAGACGGAGAAAAGUACAAUUAUCUGCCCUUGAGUUCAGUGACAAUUGAAAUGAAGCUGGAGUGAUCGAAGACUGACUGGUUGUUAGGGAUUAGAGAUUAGUGAAUUUACAGUAAAUUCGAUUCGUCACAAACUUCUCGGCUCGGCAGUUGAUGACUUUUCCUGCA